AUGGCACCUUCGAUGGGUAUCCUGCCCGCUGAUUUCCAUCUCUUCAGCCCAACUGGCAUAGCAUUCUCAGUUGGAGCAUUCGCUACUGCGGUUGCGGUAUACGCUCUAGGAACCGCAAUUUACAAUAUCUAUUUCCACCCCCUCUCCCACAUUCCAGGAUCCCUUUCUUCUCGCGCCUCAGGCAUCCCCUACACAAUCCGCCUCCGGAAUGGGAACGUUCUGCCUUGGAUACGGGAUCUCCACGAAAAGUACGGCGAUGUUGUGCGUGUGACACCAACAGAUGUUUCUUUUAUCUCAGGCGAGACUGCCUGGCAAGAUAUCUACGGAUUCCGGACCGGUAAGCACAAGACGGAAGCCUAUCUCAAAGACCACAACUGGUUUCCUCAGCCCAUUAAUGGCACCUAUUCACUGAUCGCUAGCGAUGAGGCGAGCCACAGCAGAAUGAGGAGAAACUUGAGCCAUGCGUUUUCGGAUAAGGCGUUAAGAGAUCAAGAGGGGUUAAUCCAGGGUUUUGUUGAUCUCUUGGUUUUGAGGUUAAAAGAGGCAAUUCAAGAGAGCAAGCCGACCGUGGAUAUUAUGAGAUGGUAUAAUUAUAGUACCUUUGAUGUUAUCGCCGACCUUACGUUUGGAGAGCCGCUAUAUUGUUUGCGGGAUAAGGGCUAUCAUCCCUGGGUCACCAUGGUAUUUGCAUCUGCGAAAGCCAUCGGACUCAUGGCUACUAGAAAGAAAUAUCCAAUCACCGACUACUACGACCGUGUUAGGAACAUGUUCACAUCCAACGCAGACGCUAUCCAAAAACGCAAAGAGUUUUUCGCACUCUCCGAACAAAAAGUCACUGAUCGUCUUGAGAAGGAAGUUGACUGUCCAGACUUCAUGUCGUACAUCCAAAAGAACCAAGCCAGUGCUGAGAAGGCGCUCAGUAGGCAAGAGAUUGACUCCAACGCCGUCUUGUUCUUAAUUGCGGGAAGCGAGACCACGGCGACGCUGCUCAGUGGCACUACAUACCUGCUUUUACGAAAUCCGGAUGUUUAUGCUAAGUUAGUGCAUGACAUCCGAAGCAAGUUCAAGUCGUACGGUGAUAUUACGAUCGAAGAGGUCAAUAAGAUGGACUAUAUGAUUGCGUGUCUGGCGGAAGGUCUGCGAUACUAUCCACCAGUUCCCACGGGUUUCCCGCGCGUUGUGCCCAGGGGUGGAGAUCGAAUAAGUGAACACUACAUACCCGAAGGAGCAAACCCAGAUGCCUUCAUCCCUGAACGCCAUCUCGGCGCCCAGAGGUACGCAAACGACAACCGAGCAGUCCUGCAGCCUUUCUCCUUCGGACCAAGGAACUGUUUAGGGAAAAAUCUCGCGUACGCUGAAAUGCGCCUGAUUCUUACCAAAGUUCUCUGGAAUUUUGAUCUUGAACUUGUGGAUAGAGAGAGGGACUGGUUUGAUCAGAAGGUCUUCACGCUGUGGGAUAAGCCGCCGUUAAUGGUUAAAUUGAAGCUGGUUGAGCGAUAG